AUUGAGUCGAAGUCAAGAAAAUAGGCAAGGUACGAUAUUCGCCUAACAAAGUGCAUUUUUGCGAAUUAGUUGAACACUACUAACUUAUUUCUAAGUAAAAUUACUUAUAAAUAUUAUAGGUACCAGUUUUUUCAUUCAUCACGAAAGGCAUGCAAACAAACAAUAUUAUCGAUUAUUAUUAUUUCCUUUCACUUGCUAUAUAAAUAUUCAAGUAUAGUAUAACACAUUAGUAAUUAAACAAUCUGUUCAUUAUAACCGUUAAAAGCUACCUAAAGGUAACGAGAUUAGCGAUAAGCGUCGAUGACCUUAGUACUCAAUUUGUUCUUAGUUGAGUUAGUUUCAGGUUUAAAUACAAUCAAUAGGUACAUUGUCUAUCGAGUGCGCAACUAAGUAUGUAUAGAAUCGGUAAAUCGGUAAAUGCCACAGCGCGGUUCAACCGGUCGGGCGACGCGGGCAAUCUGCGCUUCGACUGUAGAGCGACUAGAGCGAGACGCGGCGAUUAUUCGGCUUUGUCCAACGCCCGUUCGGGCAACAUCGGGCAUUUCCGUUACAUCGUGGGUCCGAACUCGACGCCAUUACCUCUCCGGGCAUAGUGUGAAGCAUUUAUUUGUGGAAUACGUAAACAAGUUAUUGUAGUAAGUGUCUAAUUUGUGCGUUAUAACUUGUAAAUAAUGUCGGAAAAUGAAGAUGUUAAUAGAGAAGAAUUUAAUCGAAGAAUUGAAGAUAUGUUCAUAUCCAAGAAGGCUCCAAACACAUUUUUACUAUCACGUUCCAAAUAUAACACGCUUAUCCAACAAGUUAAAGCGGCAAAGAUAAAAACGAAGAAGACACCCGCGGACUAUCGACGUGCGAAACGAUAUGAUGUGAUCAAAACACCAGAAGGAGAAAGGCUCAUAAUGGCCACCAAGCCCGGUCAAACUACGCAACAGGUAUUCGUUACUAUGGACGAAAUAUACGACGUUGUACGUGUUAACCAUUUGAAAUUAAUCCACGGUGGCCGAACGAGAAUGAUGGAAUAUAUAAAACCUAUGUACAAAAAUGUCACGGCUGAAUGUGUGUCCGUUUACCUAUCUAUGUGCAAGGGAUGUAAAAAUAAAAGUUUUAAAAGAGGAAAAAGGUUGCCAAAAAUUACAUCAGAUGGGAGUUCGGAAUUACAAGAAGAAGUUUUGCAAACCUCUGAUGAAGAGGCAGAAAUUGACCCUUUCAAAAUGGGCAGUUCAGAAACAUUGGUGGAGGUUCCACUUCAAAAAAGACAAUCAAAUCCUAUUUCAGAAGAAACUUACCCUGAACUUUAUUCUAGAGGACAAAUAGAUAUACUAGCGGUGACAGGAGAAGAAACUGAAGAAUAUAAGUAUAUGCUGGUUUAUAGAGACUUUAUAAGCAAAUUUACGCAUCUAAGAGCAUUGAAGACGACUUCUAUCGAAGAGUCGGUUGAUAACCUACUUGAUAUUUUUUUGGUAUUUGGUGCACCGAACAUCUUGCAAUCUAAAAACGGGACCGCUUUGACAGCCCCGAUUUGCAAACGCAUAACGGUAUUAUGCGCCGAUAUUAUAAUUCUCACAUCCGAAUCUAAUUUUAAAACUUAUGAUUUGGAAGGAAAGACAAAUGAAGAUAUUCUUAAGAAAAUGAAUAAGUGGUUGUCGGAAAAUAAGAAAGCAAAAUGGCAAAAGGGCUUGAAAUUUGUUCAGCAUUCGUUGAAUACAAGAUUUCAUACUACAUUAUGUAGAACGCCUAGUGAAUUAGUUUUCGGCGCGGAUCCGAGAAAAGGUAUAGCAUCAGUUUUGCCAAUGGAUGUAUGCCAGGCUUUAUCGACUGAUUCUGAUUUGAAAAGAACUUUAGAAAAGAAGGAAGACCAAAACACAGAGCAAAUUAUGUCGGAGGAAACGUUGAUAUUGCCGUGCGAUUUUAUUAAGAUUGAAGCUAUGGAAGACGAGGUAAUGAAAUAAUUGUUUACAAAACAUUCCAGUUUGUUAAUUCUAAAAAAUAAACGGCAGUUGAAAUAUGA